AUGAAUCCCGCAAAUUUUCCCAAUGUUGGUGGUGCCAAUGCACGUGGGCAGAUGCAAGCUCCACAGAAUAAUCAAGUGAUGAUGAACUUUGUUGCCCAGGCGCUGCAGUCUCAAGGGCCCUUCAGCGGAUGGAGAGCAGAAGUCCCUGUGAAGGAUCGGGCCGUGAAGGUAUAUCAAAUGCUCACUUCUCUUCGUUUGAUCCAACCUCGUGUCGAUCUCCAGAGCGCAGCCCAAGCGGCCUUGAGUUUCGAGCAAAAAGCUUUCAAGGAAGCCAGAGAGAAGGUUGAUUACGAUAAGGAGUGCAACGAAAAGCUUAUACAUAUUCGAGACACGCGUGCCAGACAGGCUGCCGUCAUGCAAAACGGGAUCAUGCCGCAGGCAGGCCAAGGCUCCGGAAUGCCUGGGGUCGGCCAGUCCCAAUUCCCCCAACAAAUGAACCGUCCUGCGGUACAAGCAUCCCCGAUGUCCGGUCAGCAACAGAUGGCAAUGAACAUGGGCGAUCCCAACCAGCAAGCGGCAAUGCAGUCCCGCCAACAACCCCAACAACCUCAGCAGCCGCAGCAAACGCAACCGCAACAGCCGCAGCCGCAGCCGCAACAAGCUAUGCUUCAGCAACAGCAGCAGCAACAGCAGCGGGCACAGCAAAGACCCAACGGGACUACGUCCCUCACAGAUGAUCUAAACACACUGUCGGCCCAAGAGUAUGACCACGUGUGCCGAAUAGCGAAUCAGAUUCUGUCCAAGACGUCUCCCGAGGACAUCGAGAAGAUCAAGAUGAAUCUGCAAAAUAUGACCUCCGAGCAAAAACAAUAUCUCAACAGGAAGAAUAUGGACCCCAUAACCUACUUCUUUCGCUCACAGGCCCUGACCUACUUGAGGCGACAUAAACGGGCUCGCUUGGAACUUAAUCGUAACCCGAACGCUGGGGCAGACCCUAAUACAGUGAUGAAUGACCAGAUAAUGAAUCCCCAACAACGUCAAUUAUUCCAAAAUAUGAUGAACCUUCAGCGGAAUUCGGCGUUUCCAAUGGCGAAUCAGCAACAUCAUGAUCAAUCAUCGUUCAUGGGCAAUGUGGAAAACAUCCAAGGCCAACAAGCCGAUGGGUUACGCUCGCAGGAAGCGGGCCAGCUUGUUGUCCCAGCCAGUUCCUCGCAGAUGAAUCAGCAGCCUUUCAACCCUCAGAAUAUGUUUCAGGUUGGGCAGCAGCUCGGUCAGGGCGGCCAAGCCAGCAUGAAUGGCGCCGGAAUGAGCCCCCAGUUUUUUGCACAGCAGCAACUGCAAAAUGCUCAGGCUGUCCAACAAGAUAGAACGCAACCAGCAAACCAGUUCCAGGCUCAGUCGCAGGCGCAAACGCAGGCGCAAGCUCGUGCACAAGCGGCCCAGAAAGCGCAGAUGGCUAUUUCACAAGCUGGCCAAGCCAGUUCACAUUUACAACAGCAGAUGGCACAGCAGAAUUCCGCCAUGCCCAUGUUGAAUCGACCCAUGGCCCCUGGCCAGAUGUCUCCAGCGCAGGUGGCUGCGCAGGUGCGGCCUCCAUCGCGUCCCCCAGGUCUCGGCCAACAGCCGGGCUUGGGAGGACAGCCAACGAUGCAGGCCCUACCUCAAAUCCCGUCCGGUCUUCCGCCAGCGGUUCAAGAGCAGUUAGCCCAGAUGAAUCCAGAACAAUUGAGCGUAUUCUUGAACCAGCAACGUCGUGCUCUAGCGAAUAACCAAGCUUUGGCGAGAGCGAAUGCCACACAGCAGUCGAUGCCAAUGCAGCAGAAUUUAUCGCAAUCUGGCCAAGGCCAACAGAUGACGAACGGCCAGAUGGGCAAUAACCAAAACAUGCGGGCUUCCUUAAAUCUACAACAGCAACUUGCUGCUGGCAUGGGUGGCUCCCAGCCACAACCCAAUCAGAUGCUGCAGGGACAGCCAAUGUCUGCCCAACAACGGCAGCAACAGCAACAGCAACAGCGCCAGCAAGAGUUUUACAAGUUGCAACUUCCUCGUGGAGGCAUGGACAUGUCGCCUGACCAAAUCAAGGAGAUGGAUCGCUUGCACUUCCCGCCGACGAUAUUAAGUAGCAAUCCGAACAUGGUCUCUCCGGUUCCUAAACAUAUCAAAACCUGGGGCCAGCUGAAGCAAUGGGCAGCGGCGAACCAGCAGGUUCUUGGAGGCAUGGAUCUACAAAAAUUGAUGACUUUACAGAAGUUCCACCUAGCCCAAAUACUGUCUCAAGGCAAGGAAAACGCUCGGAAUCCAGAUCAGAGUGGCCAAGGACCAUGGAUGCCAGCCCCUUUCCAAGGACAGCAACAGCCGUUUAUGAAUCAGCAACUAUUCCAAGCUGGUCAGCAACAAGCACCGAUGAACAUGCCCCCUAUGCGACCAGUUACUGCACAAGAUAUUCAGUUUGCUCGUCAGCGAUUUGGUGCCACCUUGCAAAAUCUCAGUGAUGAUCAGAUCCGGGAGGUCAUGCAUAAAAGCAGACAGAAAAACUUCAUUCAUCUUGCCCAAAAUCGUGCGGCGGCAGCUCUUGCAAAUCCGCAAGGCCAACAAAACCAACCAACUCACCAACCUGCGGUCACCACCCCUAAUGUGAAAUCAGAGCCGCAGGCGCAGCAACCCGCGACGCAACCCGGCCAACAGAAUCAGGCAACAAAGGCUCCGGCGGCAGCAUCUGGAAAGGGCGCAAAGGGGGUUGCUGCCAAACCACCUGCGAAGAGGAAGCUACAAAACGAGGAGCCGUCGGAAACCCAGAAUAACGUGGCACAGGCCCAACCGGCAGCCCCCCGAGGCCCACAGGCUCCACAGCCCUCCAGACCAAAUUUUCCAUUCACUCGGGAGCAGCUGGCAGCGAUGACACCCCAGCAACGCGCACAACUAGAGGCCCAAGUACGGAGACAGCAAGGCCAGGCUCGUCCCCCCAUUACCAGGGCAGCUGCGGAAGAAGCAUGGAACAAUCUACCGGAAAAGAUCCGGCAAGUGUACAAUGACACGGCGAGACAGGCACCCCCUGCAGAUCCUGUCACAGUCACACCGGAACAGAAGGCCACAAUGACCCAACAGCUUCGUGAAUCCACAGAUAUGCUGGGAAGGAUGGAUGCGUUAGUUCAGUGGUUUGCGAAGAUCCCCGGCCAGGAGAAGAAUGUGCGAAGCUUGCUCGCGAUGCGCAUACAACUAAUGAGGCAAUUCAAGCCAGGGAAUGAGUGGGCCCUUAAUGACCAUCUUACUAUCCGCCCCGAGUAUCUUACCAUGACUAUCAACUAUGUGAAGAAACUCUUCCACGCCAUGAUUACGCAUGUGAGCCAGCACCAGCGACCUGGUGCCUCGCAGAGUCCUUCGAAUGGGCAAGCGGCGACUCAAAACAAUAUGCCCCCUCUAAACGCGAACAAUCUACAACAACUCCAACAGGAACAGGAGGCUCUACAACGGGCGCGAAGAGCUUCGAGUCAGACUGCUGCUUCGACCACUCCUGCAGUUCCGCCCGCACCGUUUGGAGCUCCAUCUCCUCAGGGUGUCCCUCAUGCAUAUGGCCCUGCCAACAUGCACCCAGACCAAUUAAAGCUACCUCAGCCGAAGAGGAGAAAGCAAUCUCAUGCUGGUGCCACACCGACAGCUAUUGGGGUCGCUGGCUCCAAGACCCCAGCGACCAAACCGGGCGCCGCCGAUGCUGCCAAGUCGGCUGGCGCAGCCUUACAUGGUGCGUUCAAAUGUAGUGUGCCUGAAUGCCAGUAUCAUUACCACGGCUUCCCAAGCCAGAACGCCCUGGACAAGCAUGUUGAGGAGAACCACAAGGUUGAGGAGUCCAUUGAGGAUCCCCUCGAGUUUGCCCUGGAGAGUUUCCGAAACAGCCUUGUUAAAACGGAAGACAACCCGGACGCUCUGGGAGGGAGAAAGGGAACUGCAAUGGAGGCUCCCCAGCCGCCGAAGCCUGAGGGAGCUACUCCUAUCACAGCGGGCACGACUCCGAUGGGAAGAGGGCCCAGCCAAUUUGGGCCUAAGCCUAUUUCUCCCGCUUCGAACCAGCUGUCCACCCCUCAAGCCCCUUCUGCAACUAAAACAUCUAUGUCGACAGCCAAAUCAACCCAAGGUAAGGACGAGAAGAAGGAACCUGGGAGACCAGCGGAGCAACAGCCGGUUAGUGAAGCGCCUGAUCCCUGGGCAACGAGCUCCAUUUCUCUCGAAACGAUCCACGAUACGUUCACGUUUGGUGAUGAUGGCGGGCUAGGGUUUGGCGCCAUGGAUGAAUUCCUCAAUGCCGACAUGUUCGCCAACACACAAUCGAAAGAUACUCCGGAUUCGGUGGAGACGGCGGUGGUCACGCAAACACCCAAGGACUGCGACAUGCCGACGACUGGUGACAUCAAUGGCAAAACGGGCGAUAUGUCAGACAACAAUUGGAUCCCGGUCGAUUGGCUUAAUCUCCCGGGCCGAUUUGAGGACGGGAUGCUAAUGGAUGACACCUGGGAGGACGUCAACUGGGACACAUUCGAUCGCAAGGAUGCAUCUCUGAGUGUGGAUGAUAGUGGGAUUGCGAUUUGUGCCAUGUAA